AUGGCCGUAAAGGCAAACGGUCCUUCAUCUAUGGCGGAAACAAUGAAAAUUGCUUUUCCUCGCGAGAACUUGCAAUUGGCGAUCAGAAACGAGAUUGAAAGGCGAGAAUCUCAUCUCUGUUUUUAUCUAUCUAUCUAUCUAUCUAUCUAUCUAUCUAUCUAUCUAUCUAUAUCAGUUUAUUUAUAUCUAUCAAUCUAUCAUUUCAGUCUGUUUAUAUCUAUCUAUCUCAUUCUGUUCAUAUCUAUCUAUCUAUCUAUCUAUCUAUCUAUCUUAAUGUGUUCCUAUCUAUCUAUCUACAUCACUUUUUCAUAUCUAUCUAUCUAUCUAUCUAUCUAUCUAUCUAUCUAUCUAUCUAUCCACAUCAGUUUAUAUCUAUCUAUCUAUCUAUCUAUCUAUCUAUCAAUCUAUCUACAUCACUUUUUUCAUAUCUAUCUAUCUAUCUAUCUAUCUAUCUAUCUAUCUAUCUAUCUAUCUUUUCUGUCUGUUUAUAUCUAUCUAUCUCAGUCUGUUCAUAUCUAUCUAUCUAUCUAUCUAUCUAUCUAUCUAUCUAUCUCAUUCUGUUCAUAUAUCUAUCUAUCUACCUAUCUAUCUCAGUCUGUUCAUAUCUAUCUAUCUAUCUAUAUAUCUAUCUUAGUUUAUUGA